UCAAAUUGUUUUGACAAUUUGAUUAUUUUAGUAACAUUAAAGGAGACUUGGAAGAGAUUUCUUAAAAGACGAAGAAAUAUGAAACUGAAAUAAAACUUUAGGUACAUUUAUAAUCUUUUUUAGUAAAAGUCGGAAUAAAACAUUUCGUAGUAAAAUUAAAAUUAAAUAUUUUUCUAGAUAAUCCUUAAAAAGAGAAAAAGCACAAUUUUUAUUUGCAUAAUCCACUAAUAAAAUUCAACGAAAUAUAAAACUUUUAUAAUACCUACCCUAUACAAUUUUUACCGCAGCACUUAAGCGUUGAAGUGUCAUGUCAAGAUCUAAAAAAACCUCAUUCAACAACCAACAGGUCAAUUUUCAUUAUUUAAACAAUUAUCUUGCACGGAAUACCUAUUUAAAAUAUCUACAGUCGAUGCAAUUAUAAAACGUCCAAAAAUAUAUAUAUUCCAUCUGGAUAUUUGAUUCUUGAAAUGAACUUGUCACUGCGACGCACUUAAGUGAACCGAUAUGAUAUAUGAUUGACGUUUGUGUGAAACGUCAAAAACAAUUAAAAUAACAUUUUAGUUAUUUAAUUGUUUAUUUUUUGUUGAAUUUUCGGCAUAAUAAAUUUCCUUUAUUAUAGUAAUAAUUUUUUAUUUUAAUAAAUUUUUUAAAAAAUAUAAUGACUUCGACAUUCUUACUGAAUAAAAAAAUAUCGAUUAAAUAAAAAUAAUAAGUUUACAAUCACAUACAAGUGAUCGCAAUUGGCAGUGGAAUAAAAGCGUAAGACUGUCAGAUAUUGAUAUCAGAAAUCAGCUGUAUAUGUUUUUUAAAACAAGUAAAAAUUGAAUCAUAUACCGCGAAAAGUUUUAAAUUGAAAAUGUUUUAAUUUUAUGCUAAGAAAAUGUCUGCUUCUCUAAAUAUUUCAUCUUCAAAGUUUAUACCGCAUAAAGUUGAUGCGGAACAAAAGAUUAAAGCAAAGAAAGCGGCAUAUGCCUUGUUAAACCAUGUAAAGAAUGGAUCACCAAAAAUAAAAAACUUGAUACGGGAACAAUGUAAACUUCGAAUUAAACAAUCUCGCCUGGAAAGGUUUGAACAGUCAAGAAUGUUGAAUUCUAAGCAUAAGAUGCUGCUUACUGAUUUGUUGCGAUUGGAGGUUGCUGAAAUAGAAAAAGACAUAGAAAUGCAAGAUCUAAUUUUCAAAGAAAUAUUAGAAGAAGCUGAAAAUUGGUUUAUUGAAGAGCUAGGAAAUCAACUUAAUAAUCAAGAAAAAUAUCUAGUGGAAAUUAAUGAACAAUUUGUUGCUUUUUGUCCAAUAUGUGAAAAGUCCCAGUUGGAGUUACGUAAAGACGAGCUUAAAUGCAGUUGUGGAAUCAGUUUUUCGUAUCGCAAAUCAUUGGAGAAUUUUGUGAGUGAAGUUCAUGAUAUAAUACACACACAUGAAUUACAAUGCGAAAAAAUGUUAAGCUUUUACGUGGAACCAGCUAAUUCUGAAGAAAGUUUGAGACCUUUAACCUGUAUAUGUUUUGAUUGUGAUUAUUUUAGAGUUUUGAGUUAAAUUAGAAUACAAUUUUUUUAUUUAUAUAUUGUA